UCGCUCUCGAUCGUUGUGUGCGUGUGUGUGAUCGAGCGGAACAAGGCUCUCCUGUGUUUGUGGAGCGGUUGCCAGUGGUCGUGUAUCGAGGAAGAGAGACAAAGUCACCUGUGCUACACCUGAAGUUACCAGAACACGGCCGCUUGUCUUGUUCACAGUGAGGCCUCGAGACUAAACUCGGAAAGCUUUAGUGAACCUUCUAGGAACAGUGCUGUUGCCAUGGAGGAGCAGGAGACGGUGAUAGGGGAAGUGAUUGCCCAGUUCUACUCCUUCUUUGGUGGGUUGAUGAACCUGAAAGAGAGGCUCACCGGCAGUCCCGGCAUCAGCCAGUCAGUUAAAAAGGAUCUCCUGCAGCAACUGGCAGUCCUGGAGGGAGAGUACAAGAACUCCCAGGAGUGGUUCAUGACCAGAGAGACACAAGACAUUCGAGUGGGAGUGGUAGGUACUGAGCACAGCCUCAAGUCUGCACUGGUCUCGGCAUUCUCGGAUGGAGAGUUGGACCUGGAGGGAGAUGAGAGAGACGGCAGAACAAAGACCAAGCUGACAGUGGAAGGUCGUUGUCGGCUGCUGCUCGUGAGAGAGGAGACGGGAGGCCCCUCCAAACAGCUGGCCUUGUGGGCCGACGUCAUUGUGUAUGUGUUCAGCUACGCCAACUCUGCCAGUCUCAAUGAGAUCAGUACACUGUAUGGACAGAUGAGAGACGUGAGGGACGAGAUACCCGUGUUACUGGUCGGAGUUAGAGGAGACCAUUUGCCGGUGGAAGUCAGCAGUGCAAUGGUCCGUCGUGUUGUGGAAACUAUGGACAAGUGUGACCAGAGAGAUGUGCAGCUCUCGGAGAAUGCCAUGCAGAAUAUCAACGACCUGUUCCUGAAAGUCUGCAGACUUGCUCUGACUGGACCCACGCUCUCUUCCCUCUCCCUCCCGUCCUGCUCCAUCUCCCAGUCACCUUCUCACACCUCACUCAAAUCCUCACUCCCUCCCCCCUCCCCCUCUCAAACCAAGAGAAGGAAAAAGCAGAAAUUUAAACAAGGGUCCUACAAUGUCCAGAAGGCAACACUGACGGAGAGUCUGGGUUCAGGGCGACACAUCCCUCUCAAGGAAAGUCUGGUGAAGAAGAAGAGUUCUGGAAUGAGGCUGGAGUGGAAGAAGAAGUACCUGGUGCUGAGUGAGACAGAGCUGACCUAUUACCCCAGCCUCACAGACUACAUGCAGCAGACUCAUGGGAAGAACUUUAAUCUCAAGCAUAUCACCGUCAAAGUCCCUAAUAAGCGUAUCCCUCUCGCCCGGGCAACGACGACACCUCCGAGUGGGGUGGGUGGGGCAAUAACGAUCGAUCAGACGGACAGUCUGCUGAACGACUCGGACCACAGCCCCUCCCUCAGUCCGACUCCGCCCACUCCAGUCGAGACAUCGCUCGACUUCUUCCCCACUGCUCCCCUUUCUCCAGUGGCCGUCGACCGAGGCUCUCUCGCUACCGCUCUUAACGAACAGGGGCAACCCCAUAAUGAAGACCUAUCAGAGAGCUAUGGAGACUCCUCCAUGUCACCAAGGCAACACCCAAACCUGGAGUUGGUAUCCAAUGGGCGUGGUCACAACAGGAAUAACUCGAUGGACGAAGUAUUGCUGAAGAUGCGAAGUACGGGGAUGAGUUUCACUGAUGAGGACAGGCCAUCCACUCUGUCUCGUGUCCACCGUGGCAGACUGGACAAACCUCGCACUGGAUUCCUCAGUGUUUUAGUCCCAUCGAGCGAAGACAUGCUGUCAGAGAGCCCUGGAGGUAGUUCAGAGAGCAUUGGGGGGAAGAAGAGGAGCAAAGAAAGUCGCGACAGCUUCUAUCUGGAGAGAAGUCCGUCAGGUAAAGAGGGGAAGACUAGGGGCGCUGGCAAUCACAAGAGGCAGCGGAGUUGGGGAGGGAACAAGGGAGACCAGGAAAGUGCGGCAGACCCAGUGCCUGAGAGUGCAGAGUUCCAGAUAGUGUCACUGGAUGGGAAGGUGUGGGAGCUGGAGGCCAGCUCAGCCGAGGAGACGGCUCUGUGGGUGAAGGCCAUCGAGGAGCAAAUCAAGAAGAUCUACUCCGAGAACAUCUCUCACAAGAGAAUGAAUUCCAGCAGUGAGAUUGAGAAGAAGGCAAUUCUCAACAUGGAGGGUAACGAUGAGUGCGCAGACUGUGGACAGACCAAUCCGGAAUGGGCCUCCAUCAACCAUGGUUGUGUUCUGUGCAUAGAGUGCUCUGGCAUCCACCGCAAGAUGGGCGCACAUGUUUCAAGAAUACGCUCCCUUACUCUGGAUGAGUGGAGCUCUGAACUAGUGGCCAUAAUGAAAGCCAUAGGCAACAAGAAUCACCACCAAAUAUGGGAGGCUCGAAAACCCCGCAGCAAACCUUCGUCCACCAGCAAUAGAGAUGAGAGGGAGGAAUUUAUUAGAGCAAAAUACAUCUCCAAAGAUUUUCUAUUUGUCCUUCCACUCAGCAGCAAGGACCCCGCUGAGCUCCUGCUGACAGCGGUACAGUCUGGCAGUAUUGAGAAUGUGAUGAGAAUCCUGCCAUACGCCAGUCAGGAUGAUAUUGACAGACUUCAUGGGAAGAGCACUGCUCUUCACAUAGCCUGCAUCGAUGGAAACACCAGCAUUGUGCAGCUGCUCAUUUGGAAUCGAGCCAACAUCAACCAAUUGGACAUAUUCAACAGACCACCACUGUACUAUGCCCGUCACCAUGACCACUCCACUAUAGAGAACAUACUCAUUGCCAGCAACUGUGUGGUAGACGACCUCUCGCGACUCUCCCACUCCUCCGAUGGUGGCAGCUCCGAGGCACUCCACAGAACUCGCUCCUCCUGAUAGCUGGCUCCUCCCCCUUUCUCUCCUUCUCUUCCCUCUCUCUCUUUCAUCCACUGUGUGAGGUGGUCAGUGUAUGUGCUGAACACACUAUGGCUCUGGAAUGCAUCUGGUUGCUAAUUUUUUGGACUCUGUGGAGUUUUGUAAUAAUAGUUAGCACUUUAUCAGGAAUCACAUAGUGAUAAUAUUAUUUCUCUCCUCUGGCCCCCUGAAAAGUAGAACAAGUCGGUGCGCGCUAAUUAGAGUAAACAUGUUGUGCAUUAAUUGGAAAAUAGGAGGCGGAGGGUAGUUGGCUUGUGCAGGACAAGAGUGAAGACACGUCCAUGACCGACUUACUCGUCAUAAUGGAUUCGUGCGAAAGAGCGUCCAAAGAAGAGCUAGAGAAGAUAUUCACGAAGUAUGCCACGGUGGAGCGGGACGGGGAGUUCUUCAUGACACACGAAGACUUCGUGUGUCACUACCUCCAGCUGGCAGACGUAAACUGCCAGCCGCAGACCAAACUGGUGCUGGCUAGGGUCGCUGACACCACUAGAAAUGGACUGAUUUCUGUAUCAGAGUUCAGAGCCUUUGAGUCACUUCUCACAUCCCCUGACUCUGUGUCUCAACUUGCCUUCAAGCUCUUCGACAUUGACAGCAAAGGCAGCAUCAGCUUUGCAAAUUUUAAGUUAGUGCUGUCCCUAACCACUGUCCACAAUGCUGCACCUUUUGACUUCAACUGUCCACUAGUGAAGCAGUACUUUGGUUCGAAACGAGACCGUCACCUUGACUACCACGACUUUACUCAGCUCCUCCAGAGUCUGCCUACUGAACAUGCUCGACAAGUGUUCUCAGCAGCUGAUGCAAGUGAUUCCGGCAGUAUCCCGGCCCUGAAUUUUGUGGAGCUGAUGAUGAGGAUUCGCAAGUAUCGCAUGUCUCCCUACGUACAGGAAAACCUCCUAUCUGUGGCAGGAGGGGGACACACCAGAAACGUCAGCUAUCCGUACUUCAAAGGCUUCAACCAGUUCCUAGGCAACCUGGAUAUCCUUCAGAGAGUGGUGACCGUGGCAACCAGAAACACUGGAUCCGCCACUCAUAGCCAGCUGCUGAGAGAAGCAAGGCGGUAUGGACAGGUCACUCCCCUGCAGGUGGCGCUGCUCUACCAGCUGUGUGACCUGGAGCACAGGAGGGGUGUCAUCACCGUAGCUGACUUCCGGAAACUUCUGCCGCGACCUUCCUUCGAUGUUUAUCCCCCUGUUUCCAUGGCGACCAACACCACUGACAGUAGUGGACAGGCGCAGGAGGUUCCACUGUUCCUGAAGUCACUGGAACCAGUCUACAGGUUUUCUCUCGGAUCUAUCGCUGGAGCCACGGGAGCAACAGCAGUGUACCCAAUCGACCUAGUCAAGACUCGCAUGCAGAACCAGCGCGGGUCUCUGCCGGGGGAGAUCAUGUACAAGAACUCCAUCGACUGUUUUGUCAAAGUUGUCCGGAACGAGGGAGUUUUUGGACUUUACAGAGGCAAGGAGAACCUAAUAAUCAGCCACAUGUAGGUCCAUCCCUUCCUCUUUCACCAGGACUGCUGCCUCAGCUGGUGGGUGUGUCUCCCGAGAAGGCCAUAAAACUGACAAUGAAUGACACGAUGAGAGACUAUCUGAGAGAAAAAGAUGGUUCACUGCCACUGUGGAAGGAGUGUGUGGCUGGGGGAUCUGGAGGGGCCAGCCAGGUAAUCUUCACCAACCCCAUUGAGAUCGUGAAGAUCAGACUGCAAGUUGCAGGGGAAAUGACUGAGACGGCAAAACUUGGAGCAACCACAGUUGUCCGAGACCUUGGCUUCUUCGGACUUUACAAGGUCUCACCUCUCUACCAUACCUUCCAACACAUUAUUGCACAUAAUCUGAACACCAAUGGGGCAGAAGAAAUUUCGGAAGUUAAAUUUGUGUUUUGUGUAGCUAUCAAGAAAUUGCUCUUGGGGAAGGACAAUGUGUUUGAGAGAUAUCCUUAUUUCCGAGGUGUCCAUAGGAAAGUUCCACUGUAACUUUACGCAGUAUAUA